ACGUAUCGCCCCACGCACUCUCGACAAGAGCAAGAGCGCGGUGCGCUGCUGGGUGCUGCUGGGCUGCAUGGUGUGGCACUCGGUGGCGCGGAUAAGCGAGCCCAGUCGGCCGUCGCCUGUGCGUGGUCGCCGUUUCGCCGCUUCGCCGCCUUACCGCGCAACGAGACCACCCAGCCCAGCCCAGCAGCAGCAUGUGGGUCUUGGUGGCCUUGCUGCCGCUCGUGGCCGCGCGCUCGGCGCACCCGCACCGCCCCCAGAGGGCCUUUGAGGACAACAGCUACCCCUACCAGCCCGUCGUGCCCUACUACGAGGCCCCGGUGCAGGAGUGCCCUCAGAUGGCGCCCACAGAGAUCGACCUGGACGAGCUGCUAGGGAGCUGGCACCUGUCCCUGCUGCUGCUGGCGGACCGCGUGACGACGGCCGACGGCCUCCUGGACGAGUCCAUGUGCGCCGAGGUGGACCUGGUGCGCACCAACGGGUCCAUGCUGCGUCUGGACUGGCAGCUGCGCCAGCUCAACCUGCCGGCCGGACUGGCGGACCUGCGCUUGCAGGUGGCCGCGGCCAUCCUGGGGCAGCCCGGCCUCUGGGCGCUCGCCACGCCGCUAGGAGGCGAGAUGGUGGGCACGGUGAGCCACGCCGUGCCCGACUCGCACAUGGUGCUGACGGUGUGCGGGGAGGGCGCGGCAGUGCGGGGCGCAGCGCGGGCCGCGGGGCGUGGCGGCGCGGUGCACGCCCUCACAGCCCUCCUCACGCGCCGACCACCCUCCGCCGUCGGGUCGCUGGAGCUGCUGCGCUUGUCCGCCCACAUGGUGCCCUCCACUGGCAACGGCGGCGGCUUCCGGCACGCGGACGAGCGGCUGCUCAGCUGGGGCCAGUGCUGACUCCAAAUAAAUGAUCCAAUAAACAUC